AGAGUCAUGGCGGUCAAAACAAAACAUGUUGGGCUCAGCUCGAGGUAUCUCAUGACCGCCAGAAAAAAAGUUCAAUCCCCAAGAAUACCUUUCAAAUACGAUCUUAUACCGCCAAAGGGCACUGGAAAGGGAUAAUAAAACAUUGCACGGACGGGUCCAUCCUCAAUUGAUCCCCAACGCACACUACAAGAGAUUGCCCAAGAUGUUCGCGACCGACUCUCCCUCAUCCGCAUCCUCAGCAACAGAAAAGACCAAAGGCUGGAGCCUCCGACCUACGGACCUACGCAAAGACAUUGACAAGCAAUGGGCAGAUAUACCCGUCUGCCUCUGCAGUUUCGCCUCAGGACUAUGUGACAGCAUUGCCUUCAACUCGAGCGCCGUCUUCGUCUCCAUGCAAACCGGAAACACCAUCUUCCUCGCCAUCGGCGCCGCCUACCUCCCCUCCCACCAGAAAUUCAUGUGGCUUCGCGCAAUCUGCUCUAUCGGCUGCUUCCUCGCCGGCGUCUUUUGCUUCAGCAAGCUCCGGCACAUUCGCCCCAUCGCGAAAGGCACUCUCGCACUCAACUUCCUCACACAGGCCAUUCUCGUCUUCAUCGCCGCCGCGCUCGCACAAUCCGGCGUGACGCCCGAAAUGGCCGAUCUCCCCCUUGCAGAACACAACGUCGAGAACCAGAUCGUCAACCUCAAGAUCCUGAUUCCUAUCGGCUUCCUCGCGUUUUCCUUCGGCGGCCAGAUCGUCUCGAGUCGCCAGUUGGGGUUCAAUGAGGUGCCGACCAACGUGUUAACCAGCGUGUACUGCGACCUUUUGAGUGACCCGAAUCUGUUCGCGCCGUGGUCUAGUAACCUGAAGAGGAAUCGAAGGGCUUUCGCGGUCGUGUUGACGUUCUUGGGAGGUCUUUCUGGUAGUUGGCUUGGGUGGAGUAGUGCAGGAUUGUGCACGGGGCUUUGGAUUGCGGGUGCGCUCAAGGUGGCGAUUGCUAUUACUUGGCUAUUUUGGAAGGUCGAGGAGCCAAAGUUGGAGGAGAAGAAGUAGACAUUUCGUGUGAUUAGAGAGAUUCGAAUAUCUGUAGAUCGUGAAGCUAGAGUUGCGUUAAUAUCUUGUAAUAGUAAUCAAUAAUUCUAGAUAUUUUAGACAUUUAGAGAAUGCGAACUAAGUAAUCUCUAUAUCAAGAAUAGAACGGCAAGUUGUCAUUUUACCUUUCCAAAUCAAUUCUUCUUUUUCAAAUGAUCGAGCAUUGGACUACAGUUU